UCCUGUUAGUGAGAAGUUCGACUUGGCUAUCGCUAGUCAGCACCUCAGCAAUGGAGUCUUCAGUUCCUUCCAUACCAGAGUUUUACCGUGAUAAAGGUGUCUUUAUCACAGGUGCCACAGGAUUCAUGGGUAAAGUUUUAGUGGAAAAGAUAUUGCGAUCUUGUCCUGAAGUGAAGACUUUGUACCUUCUUGUAAGACCGAAGAAAGGGAAGGAACCUGUACAGAGAAUUGAAGAAAUCGUCAGCAGUAAGCUGUUUAACACAUUGAGAGAGGAUUAUCCUGAAUUCCAUAAAAAGUUAAUACCUGUAUGUGGAGAUAUAUUACAUGACAACUUAGGUGUGUGUCAGACAGAUGAACAGAAAAUGAUUGACAAUGUACAGAUUGUCUUCCAUUCAGCUGCUACUGUCAGAUUUGAUGAAGAAAUGAAAUUGUCAGUUGAAAUGAACGUCCAUGGUACUAAUAGAGUUCUACAGUUCUGUAAAAAACUAGUCCACAUUGAAUCUUUCCUACAUGUUUCCACAGCCUACGCCAAUUGUAAUGUAAAGAAGAUAGAAGAGAAAGUGUACGAACCACCUCUUCAUCCUAGUAAAAUAUUGGAUGCUACUGGAUGGAUGGGAACAGAGAUAUUAAAUAUGCUGACACCAAAGAUGAUUAAGGACAGGCCAAAUACAUACACAUAUACAAAGUCUAUAGCAGAGUACUUAGUGCAUGAAGCAAGAGGGGAAUUACCUGUAGCUAUAUUUAGACCAUCCAUUGUUGGUGCAUCAUGGGAAGAACCAGUACCUGGUUGGGUUGACAACUUCAAUGGACCAACAGGACUAUUGGCAGCAAUAGGAAAUGGUUUGUUGCGAAAUAUGAUUGGCGACCCCAGUAAAACAGCUGACAUUGUACCUGUAGAUACGGCCUCUAACAUGAUGAUUGCAUGUGCAUGGAACACAGCUGUAAAUAGAUCAUCAGUAGGGAAUGUUUAUCACUGUACUACAGGCCAGUUAAACAAAUUAACCUGGGGAAUGGUUGAGAGAGAUAGUUAUAAGUAUUUCAUGAAAAACCCAGUCAACACAGUCACCAGGAUACCCAAUCCUAGAUUUACAAAAAAUUUGAUUUAUCAUGAGAUAUUAAUGUUGUUUGAUCACAUGUUACCUGCUUAUAUCAUGGACUUUUUCUUAUGGAUACAAGGAAAACGUACUAUAUUUGUUAAAAUACAAGACAGACUACGUAGAUCAGUUGGUAGUUUAGAUUUUUUUACCUCAAAUGAAUGGGAAUUUGCGAAUGGCAAUUUGUAUAUGUUGCUGAACAAAAUGACAACUGAAGAUCAAAAGACAUUCAACUUUGACCCUAAAUUAAUAGACUGGUCUAAGUAUAUGGAGCGCUACUGUUUAGGAACUAAACAAUUUGUACUGAAAGAAGAAUUGUCAGAGUUACCAAGAGCAAGGAAAACCCUCCAAAGAUUGCAAAGAAUCAACCUAUGUAUCAAUGUGUUUGGUAUAAUUAUUCUUUGGAGAUUGUUGAUGAACAGAUUCACCAUAGCCAAGUCACUGUGGAACUUCUUAAUGGGAUGGGCAUUGAAGAUAUUCAAAAGUCUACCAACUCUUAUGAAAGCCACAUAAUAAUCAUUUGUCCAUUAUGACAGGACAAACUUUGUUAUUCUGUGAUAAUAUUGUGAACUAUAGCAUUGUAGGCUUAAUUUCUCAGAUCGUUUCAAAAUUAACCUCUGUGGAAAAAGGAACUGGAUUUAUAAAAAAAGAUAUGGUUUGUGCUUAAUGUUCAAAAAACUUUUGAGAAAAUUUGGACUUUUUUUUUUGUAUUUAAAAUUACAUAAUUAUGAUACACACCUUUUAUAUCAACAUUUUUUAUUUUUAUUUCCAAAUUUUGUUCUUAUAUAUUGGUUAGUAAGAAAUAUUUGCAACUUGGUAUUUGUUAAGUAGAUGAAAAUGCCUAUUUGCAGUUUCUUCAUUUAAUGAACAUUACAUUAUAUUUUUAUGUAUGAACUUAUGCAAAGAAAAUAACACUGCCACCAACAAACUUUUCUUUAAAAAAUAGACCUAAUAUAAAUCAGAUCCGGUCAGGUGUACAGGUAUGAAUGAUUUUCUAUUCAUUGUUUUUAUGGAAUUUUAUUUUAGUUGAAUUUCGAUUUCCAUUAUUUACACCAUUAAUAUCAUUUAAAAUACAUGAAAUAUACCAAAAUUAAAAAAAAAAUCCUAAUUAAAGCAUUUUUGAAAUAAAAAAAAACGUAUCAGACAUUGCUUUAUAACUCAUAUUCAAGACUUAAUGUGAAGAGAGAAAUGUAAGCAUUUUAGAUUAAUAUUAUUCACUGGUUGACUAUAUAUCAAUAGAGUUAAGUUUUUCAUAUAACAUGAAACAUUCUUAAAAUUAACAUAUUGUCAAAUAUCAUGUAAAAUUAAUGGCUUGCCUCAGUAAUUAUCUAGAAAUUGCAAUCAACAAUUAAUUCAAAUUCACAUUUACAAUGUAAUAAAAAGAAUGAAUAAGAUACAUGACUAUUAGGUUAAAAGUUUUAAAGUCAAUAUCCCUGGCUGAGAUUUACAAACGAAUAUAACAUUAUGAAUAAAUCAUGUAAAUGGGACGCAUUUUUUAAACAAUACUUUUAUCAGGUCUAAUAAUGACGACAAUGUAACAAUUAAAAAUGGCUCUCAUGUCUACUGUGGCUAUAAAACUGUAUUUUUCAAAGCAGUGCUAUACUUUGCAUCUUUAAUUAAGUGUGGUUCAGAAAAAUGUCUGGAUACUUUUUGUUUGUUAAUUUGUAGAUCAAAGUUAUUAGUAAUUGUUGUGUAUUUGAAGGUUAGAAUACAUAAUUUUUUCAUUAAUAUUUAUUUUUUUGUGUAUCUUUAUUUUAUACUUUUAUAUUUUUGUUGAAAUUUAUGACUUGUUACAUGUGGAUACCUUUCUGAUUUAUUUAUAUAAGUCAUGACUGAUAAUUUGUUUUUGUCUACCCUGCAUUUCAUUGGCAUUACAUUGAAUGAAUACUAAAUGACCAGUAUUGUACUGUAAUUCACUUGUUUACAUUUGUUAUCUCAAAACUUAAGGUUUAGAUAUAACCACUACUUGUUAAUUUUGUUACCAUCCUAUUAUAAGUGUCACUUCGAAAAACAAAUUGUGGUACUACAUUUUUUGUUUGGUCACUUAUAAAUACAAAUGGUUUGAUUUUUGAAAGAUUUUCCAAACUUUGUUUUAGUUUUUUUUUUUUUUUCAUCUCAGACCAUUACAUCCCAUUCAGCAAGCAAAACAAAGAAAGUCACAACUUUGUUGUAACUGGAUAUCCAACAUUGAUGCUACAAAAUCACUUGCCCUUAAUUGUCGAGCUGUUGAGUAUUAUGAGCUGUCCCAACGUUUGUGUAAAAAUGAUAUAGAUAUAAGAAGAUGUGGUAUGAGUGCCAAUGAGACAACUCUCCAUCAGAGUCAAAAUUUAUAAAAGUAAACCAUUAUAGGUCACAAUAUACAUGCUUAAUUGACAAGUAAAUGUCUAUAAUUAUCUUGCUGAACUUAUCUUUUUAAUUCAUGCAUCAAUGGUUGAUUUUUUUUAGAUUUGUGGAAAAAAAAACUUUUAGUUUUUGAAUGUCUUCAAUGAAUUUAAAUCGACAUAUAUAUAUUUAUAUCCUUAACGGUGUCAAAAAAAAGUAAGAAAUGAAAUAUUCUCCCAUAGAUUUGAGCUUUUUCUAUUUUUAUAAAAAAAAAUCAUACCAAAUGUUUGUUAAAUUAUCUCUGUCAAUUAACUGAUACAUUUAUUUGCUGUAUUGGCAGUGAAUUCAUUUUACAUUACAUGUAUUUACAUUGUAUUGCAACAGAACCAUUAUUACCCUAUCAAAUCAUGAUAUUUUCUACAAACAGUUUGAAACUAUAUGGGGAAAACACAUUCUCCUUCAAUUUACUCCUGAGCUACAAUAUUUUUCCACCCAUCAAUGACAGCAAAGCAAACAAAUAAAAUGUAAGUCAUUUACAACAAAAGGACAAUCCAUAUUCUCAUUUUUGUUAAGAAAAGAUUUGCAUUUUAUUGGUUGGACUGUUGUUUGUUGCUAUAUUUUUUUUCAUUUGGACAAAAGUAUUUUCUAGAUCAAGAAUUACAUUCGGUUGUUCCUAAUAAUGAUGAAAAUGUUAGCUACUGAAUUUGAAAAUAACAGCAUCAUUUUUUUUUUAAUAGAUAAUAUAUACAUGAUAUAAUAACUGAACUUUAUUGAAAAAUAAAGAUAGAACUAUG